GCAUGUGUAGACCCCGUCAUAUACCUUAUAGACCCCCCCAAUGCGGUAUCGUAGUUGUGUGUAUAUGUGUGUCGCCAGAGGCUAUGUAUCCUCUGAUCCGUGGGAGUGUGAACGGGGGGCCCAAGAGGAUCGAGAUAUCCUCUGAUGAUGACGGAGCAGCCGAAGGAGUGAAGCAGGAUCUGAGCGUUAAGAUGGAGAAUAGUAGCCAGUUGUCGGAAGUGAAGAAGCUGCUAGAAGUCUUGGUGCAUGGGCUGGCGGACCAGAAAGGGAAGCAACCCGCGCAGGUGGAAGACCCGGCAAUGCAAGCUACGGCGCAGGCUACAGCGGCGGCAGCCGCCGCAGCAGCCGAGGCAGUUGAGGCCGUGGAAGCUGCAGACAACAUGGAAGACGUUGACAUCGUGCAGAACGACCAUGUCGACGAAGACGAUGAGGAGGCCGACGAGGGAGGCCUGGCAGCAUAUAUGAAGAUGCGCCAGGUAUUCUAUAGCUCUCUACAUUAUACGAGAGUGAUAGAGUUAUGCAAGCAAAAGGAGAUUCCCUAUUUCCGCAAGGAAAUGGGUGCUUGGGAGCUAGCUCGACUGGACCUGCAAGAGUACGCCGACCAAUUGAAAGGCGAUAUGUCAAGGAAAGGAGGCGAGUCAUCGCGCCGUCGUAACAGUGACAAUGACGACAAAGGCUCAGCGGCGGGCGAUGGUCCAAUCGCGGGAAGCUGACUCUCGGGAGCAUCCGCUCUCUUCAGAGAGCAGUCAAACGCAUUCUUGCGUUAAAGGCCGCAACUGACGCUA